GAGGAACUAGCUAGUCAGUAACGGUUUCUGGAUCUCUUGGCUUGAAUUGAAUUUCCCUUGUUAUUAUUGAAUUACCUCAUGAUCUGAUAAUAAACUUAUGUUUGGAGUUUUCAACUUGCUUCGGCCUCUUCAACCAAUCAGCCCUUGUAAGGUCAAUAUCAGACCAGGAAGACCGAUACCGGUACUAAAAUCUUUGAUCAUUUUUUCACCCUCCAGCAUAAGUUUCAACCAAAUUAUAUUUGAGAAAGUUGCUUUACUUUGUUUGGGAGUUUAAAUCACGAGGAUGGAUCCUCCUAAGAGAGCCACUAGGAAGAGGGGGAGUCGAGCCACGACAGUUGCAUCAGACGAUACUGAAGAAAUGUCAACAUCAGAGGCUAGCGUUGCGGGAGACUCCGAUUCCGAUGCCAGUGUCGGAACCCCCAAGAAAGACAAUAAAAGAUUAUCAUCCCAGGCUACAAAGAAGCCUCCGCUCAAGAAAAAAGCCCCUGAAGUGAAGCCUGGCCCCAAAAAUCCCGCAGAAGCGAGAGACUCGCCCAGCCCUAGCAGGCCCAGUAUUGAGGCACCGACUAGAAAUAAUCAAGAGAAAGAUGGUGCGACUGAUGAUGUCGAAAUGGAGGACGAGGAGGAAGAAGGAGGCAUCAGGAUUGGGGACAUUUACUUGCCACCUCCUCCUCCCCCGGCCUGCACUUUCGAUAGCAACGGCCCUAGGCUCGUCAUCACGCAUAUCGAGAAUGACUUCUUCAAGAGCUAUGCCGGCAAACAGGUUCUUGGACCGUUUCAUAAAAGCUUCUCGUCCGUCGUGGGACCCAACGGCAGCGGGAAAAGUAAUGUCAUCGAUGGAAUGCUCUUUGUUUUCGGAUACCGAGCCCAAAAAACGCGUUCGAAAAAAAUUUCGAAUUUAAUCCACAACUCAGAAGCUCAUCCGAAUGUUGAAAGCUGCUCGGUGGCGGUUCAUUUUGAGAAGAUCAUUGAUAUCUCCGACGAUGAGUUUGAAGUGGUGCCUGAUACGAAAUUCGUCGUUUCACGAACCGUCUUUAAAGACAAUUCAUCUUUUUAUCAAAUCAACGGGAAAAGAUGCCAAUUCAAAGUUGUUGCUAAACUUCUUCGGAAAGAAGGAAUUGACUUGGACCACAACCGUUUUUUGAUUUUACAAGGUGAAGUUGAGCAAAUCGCCAUGAUGAAACCUAAGGCAGCAACGGAGCACGACUGUGGCAUGCUGGAAUACCUCGAGGACAUCGUUGGGUCCACUCGCUUCAAAGAGCCGAUUGAGCUACUAUCAAAACGAGUUGAUGAUCUCAAUGAACAAAGAGAAGAGAAACUUAACAGGUUAAAGUUGGUAGAAAAAGAGAAAGAUGAAUUGGAAGGCCCGAAAGACAUCGCUGUGACUUUCAUCAAAAAAGAAAAUGAGAUCACGCGCACGAAGAACAAGCUGUAUCAAGCUUACAUUAACAGUUCCAAUGCUGCUAUCGCCGACGCUCAGGAAAAGAAACAGCAGAUAGACGACGGGUUGAGUGACGUCAAGAAGAAACUGGAAAAGCUAAACAAUUUCAAAGUCGAGAAAGAGACUGGUAUGAAAACGCUCCAGGUGCAAUUAGAGGAGGUUAUAAAAGUGCGAGAAGCCAAUGACGCCAAGUUCAAAUUAUUAGAUACAGAAGACAGUAAACUUCAAGAAGAGCUGAAGCACAAGAAUUCAAAGCGCAAAAAGAUAAUAGCUCAGCUCAAAGUAGAGCGGGAGAAACUCGAGGAGCUGAAAGCACUUCCAGAAAAGAACGAAGCUAGCAUACAAGAGUGCCAGAAGCUCAAAAGUACGCUUGAAGCGAGCCGCACGAAAGAGGAAGCUGCUUAUGCCAAGGCUAUGGAGUCGCUGAACUCGGAGACUCAACAACUACAAGACGAAAAAAAUAAGCUCGAAACUACGCUUAUUGACUUGCGUAAGGUCGUUGAUGAAACAAAGAGCGUCGUUGAUAUUGCUCAGUCUGAACUCGACAUUUAUCUUAGCACGGAGCGUAAUGAAAAGAAAAAGUUGGAUCAAAUUACAUCAUCUAUCGAAAAGGCUAAAGAAACUGUCCAGACGCGCAAAGAAGAAGUUGCUAGGCUGACGAAGUCUAUUCCUGAAGACGAACAUAAAGUAACGAAGCUUCAGAGAGAUCUUCAGCGAAUGGUAGGAGAACUCAAAGAUGUCGAAGAACGACUUAACUCUGAAAGAAUAAAGCUAGAAGAAACCCGCAGCGCCAUGCAGUCUUCUCGAUCGCGAGGUCGUGUUCUCGAUGCAAUCAUGGAGCAGAAACAAAACGGCAACAUUCCUGGUAUUUUUGGCCGUCUCGGCGACCUCGGGGGUAUCGAUGCCAAGUACGAUGUUGCGGUGAGUACCGCGUGUGGCCCCUUGGACAACGUUGUUGUGGACACUGUCGAGACCGCACAAGCUUGCAUUAACUAUCUGAAGCGAAGCAAUACCGGAAUUGCAACUUUCAUUGCUCUCGAUAAGAUGGAAAAAUGGCGUGAAUACACUAGAAGGACCAUUCAAACUCCGGAAAACGUUCCACGUCUUUUCGAUCUAAUUCGUGUGAAUGAUGAGCGCGUAAAAACUGCAUUCUAUUUUGCGAUUCGUGACACUCUAGUGGCCAACGAUUUGGAUCAAGCUUCACGAAUUGCUUAUGGUCGUGAACGUCACAGAGUUGUAACUCUCAUGGGAGAUCUCAUUGAACCUACAGGUACAAUGUCCGGCGGAGGGAGGUCAGUGCUCAAGGGCCGAAUGGGGAAGGACGCUCAAGCUGUGGUUACUGUUGACCCCGCCGAGGUCGCCAGAACAGAAUCGCGCGUUGAAGAAUUGCGGCAAAGAUUAACAGAACUGCGCCAACAACGGACGGAGUCUGAAAACGCGCUUCAGAAGCUCACUAGAGAUUUAUCCUCGAUGAAAGUAAAUCUUGAUAAGUACAAGAUGGAGAUCGAGGGCAGCAAGCAACAGCUGGCCUCUCUCGAAAAGCAGCGGCAAGAGCAAGAGAAGAAAGUUGCAGCGGUCAAAUCCGAUCCCGCGAAAGUAAAGAAAAUGGAGGCUGAUAUUGAGAAGAAAGUCGAGGCUUAUACUGAAGCUGCUGGCAAGGCCGAGGGUGUGGAAGCCGAGGUCUCGAGAGUAACCAAACAGAUCUUGGCCAUCACGGGGGGCAAGAUGAAGACCCUCAAAAAAAAUCUCGAUGAAAUAAACAAGAAACUCGAAAAGCUCAAUGCCGAAGUUUCAAAAUUGACUGUCGCGAUUAAGACAGCUGACCGCAACACAAAGAAGACGGAGGAUAAGAUCAAGACGAUGGAGACAGAACAGGAGGAAGCUAUGGCAGAACUACUCAGCAUGACCAAAAAGCGCGAAGAGAUUGAGAAGGAGGCUGGUGAAGUCAUGGAGAAAUUUCAACAGAAAAUGCAAGAAGAAGAACAACUUGUCGAUGAAAUUUCUGCCCUCAAAUCCGAUUACGACGAGAUCGUCAAGAAGGAGAACAAGAUCAAGGCGAGCAAAAUUGAAAUCGAUCAAGAGAUUGAGAAGUGCGACAGCAUCAUUAAGGAGGGAAAGUCCAGGAUUGCGCACUGGAAGAAAAAGCACUCACGCUUGGAAUUACAAGAAGUUCCUCUUGCAAAAGAGGGUGAAGAAUCUCUUACUUUAGAAGAGCUCACCCCAGAGCAGCUGCUGGAGCUUGACAUCAAGAAACUGGAGUAUGACCUGGAGUAUCUGGAAGAGAAUAUCGCUCAGUCCAGACCGAAUCUCGCUGUUAUUCAAGAAUACAGGAAAAAGGAGGAGAUUUACUUGCAACGCGUGACGGAGUUAGAUGAGAUCACGGCUAGCAGGGACGACCAGCGCCGCCAUCACGACAAUCUGCGCAAGCAGCGCCUGAAUGAGUUCAUGGCUGGCUUCAGUAUCAUCUCUAAUAAGCUUAAGGAAAUGUACCAGAUGAUAACUCUCGGCGGGGACGCUGAACUUGAGCUCUUAGACUCGCUAGACCCCUUUAGUGAAGGAAUCGUUUUCAGUGUGCGGCCUCCCAAGAAGUCCUGGAAGAACAUUACCAACUUGUCUGGAGGAGAGAAGACGCUGUCGUCACUUGCUCUUGUCUUUGCCCUGCAUUACUACAAGCCUACGCCCCUCUACGUGAUGGAUGAAAUCGAUGCUGCUCUCGAUUUCAAGAAUGUUUCUAUCGUUGCCAACUACAUCAAGGAACGCACAAAGAACGCGCAAUUUAUCAUCAUUUCUCUGCGGUCGCAAAUGUUCGAGCUCGCGGAUCGCCUGGUUGGCAUCUACAAGACCUACAACUGCACCAAGACUGUUACCAUCAAUCCUGGUCUCUACGAGAACCCUGCGCCGCCAUCGUCUAAGAGCACUAGUGGUGCUGUGAUGAUCGAAUCCCUGAAACCCGUUAAUCCCAUUGCAUCUUAAUUGGGAGAACACUUGGGAAAAUCUAAAACAUUUCUGAUUUGUGAAAUAAAUAACCUAAUUAUCCGAUAGUACAUACUAGUUUUUGAUUGAUUCCAUAUUCCAGAAUACCCGGUUAAUCCCAUGGCAUCUCAAUUGGUAGAACGCUUAUGAAAAUCCAAAAUAUUUCUAGUUUGCGAAAAAAUAACCUAAAUAUCUGAUUGUUCGUACGAGUUUUUGAUUGAUUUCAGGAUUCCCGGUUAAUCAAAUGGCAUCUUGAUUGGAAGAAUACAUGUGAAAAUCCUAAACAUUUCUGGUUUGUGAGAAAAUAACUAGUGGUACUACUGAUAGUUCGCGCAUUUUUUUUUCUUGUAGAUUGCCUGUUAACCGUUAAAUCCUAUUGCAUGACGAUUAGAAGAAUGAGAAAUCGGAAUCUGGCGGGUUCAAUUUACGAUAUUUUGAAUAGUUUUGUUCAUCUUUAUUUUUUAGAUUAACAUAAGGAAUGCAUGGAAAAUUAAUAGGAAUGCUUGCAAUUGAAUGGAGAUUUGAAUAAACUUUUCCACCGAUUCA